GCAAUUCCCAGGUUGCUCUGCGGCGCACAGGAAAAGCGCAGUUCGUUUGUCUUUCCCUCCCCCGCUUCUUUUACCGGCGUCGCCGACACCGCCGGCGAGAGAUGUAAAGAUUCUUUUCUUGCAGAAACUACAGGCCCCAGCAUGCCUCUCGCGGGAGCGGCGAAGCGCUUCCGGCUGGCGGAGAACGUCGGUUGUCAACAUCCAGAUUCCACUUGGAGUUCAGACUGGGGCCUUACCGAAUCAAGCCCACCCAGCAACCCCGACGCCAUGUCUGCUUCCGAGUGUUACAUUGCGGUGAAGCUUGCAGAUCAGCCCCUGGCUCCGAAAUCUAUCCUGCGGCUGCCGGAAACAGAACUGGGUGAAUGCCCCUUGGGUGGCUGCAGCAUCUCCUACCUGAAACAGCUCAUCACCGGGAAACUCCAGGAAUCUGUCCCCGACCCAGAACUCAUUGAUCUGAUCUAUUGUGGCCGGAAGCUGCGGGAUGACCAAACCCUCGAAUUUUAUGGCAUCCAGUCCGGUUCCACAGUCCACGUCCUCCGCAAGUCUUGGCCUGAACCGGAUCAGAAACCAGAGCCAGUGGAUAAAGUGGCCGCCAUACGAGAAUUCCGAGUUCUUCACACCGCCUUACACAGCAGCCCCGUCUUCCGGGAUUCGGUCUUCAAGAUGCUGGGGAAUAAGGAGUCCUUAGAUCAGAUAAUCGUUGCUACGCCAGGGCUGAACAGUGACCCCAUCGCUUUGGGGGUGUUGCAGGAUAAAGAUCUUUUUUCUGUCUUUGCUGAUCCAGCCAUGUUGGACACGCUUAUCCCAACCCACCCUGCUUUGGUGAAUGCCAUCGUCCUGGUUCUGCACUCGGUGGCGGGCAGCACCCCCUUGCCCACCCCGGAGAGCUCCUCGCGGAGCAUGCCCUCCAGCUCUUACCGUGACAUGCCGGGUGGGUUCUUGUUCGAAGGCCUCUCUGAUGAUGAAGAUGACUUUCAUCAGAGUACGAGGACGACUCCUUCCAGCAGCACAUCCGGCUCCCGCCCCGCCUCCCUCGGCUACACUGGGGCAGCAGGACCUCGGCCCAUCACCCAGAGCGAGUUGGCGACGGCGCUGGCACUGGCCAGUACCCCUGAGAGCAGCUCGCACACUCCAACUCCAGGAACCCAGGGCCAUUCCUCAGGCACGUCGCCCAUGUCCUCCAGUGUCCAGUCGGGCACUCCCAUCACCAACGACCUCUUCAGCCAGGCCCUGCAGCACGCCCUCCAGGCUUCUGGGCAGCCCAACCUGCAGAGCCAGUGGCAGCCGCAGCUGCAGCAGCUGAGAGACAUGGGCAUCCAUGAUGAUGAUCUCAGCCUCCGCGCCCUGCAAGCCACCGGGGGGGACAUCCAGGCCGCUCUGGAGCUCAUCUUUGCAGGGGGGGCCCCCUAACGCCCUCCCCCCUUUUUUAAUGGGGGGGCAGACUGGACACCAGGGGGCGGGUUUUAUUUGGUGGCAUCCGAUCCGUGCGACCCCAGCUCCAGAUGAUCUCGUCGUCGGACCCCGUCGUCUCCCGCGCACCAUCUCCUCGUCUGCUUUUUCUCUCGUCUGGAUGGAGGCUGCAGCAGAACGCAGAAAUACCCCCCCCCCUCAUUGAGCGCUGACCCCCCCACCCGCGAAUCACGUUUUUGCACAAAGAGACCUUUUGCAGCAGCCACGAUGGGUGGAAAGAGCUAACAGCCCGCUUCGAUUGCCUGUUCUAAAGCGGUUGCGGAGAGAUCAGCGUUCAGCGAUCCUUCCUCUUUUCCCUGAGCUGCCAGGCAUCUUCCUCUUUUCGGUCCACUGUUCCGAUUCCUACCAUCCCUCCUGAUCCCCAUCCGGGUUUGCGUCGUCGUACGAGGUUUUCAUUAAAAGCUCUCCUCCUCCAGUU